AUGCGACCCUCGCACUCCCUCCCGAUCGUCCUCUUCCUGCUAUUGGCCCUGCUGCUGCUCACGACGUCGACCUUCGCCCAGACCCCCCAUCCGAUCCAGUUCCAAGGCUACUCGAACCCAGACCCCUCGGUCAAGGCCGCGCUGGUGUACACCGACGUCAAGCUCGACGACCUGCUGGCGCACCAGGUGCUGGCGCUGAGCGGCAAGUACACCGACAUCGUGGUGGCCAUCACGGCCGUCGAGGAGCAGGCGCUCGCACAGCAGAUCCUCGAGGAUUUCCUGCACGACAUGCGCGCCGAGCAGACGGGCGUGCGCUUCCACUACCUCCGCGCCGAUAACCCGUUCCCCUUUGGCGCGCCGCACGAGAAGACGUGGGAGGGCUACGAGCCCAGGUACCGGACCUCGGGGGCCUACCGGUACAGCGGAGAGGCGCUCGACUCGCUGCUGCGCGGCAAGUCGGUCGAUGUCUUCCAGAUCGCGCCCGUCGCGCCGCACGAUACCUCGAUCCUAGUCGACCUGCCCCACGACGAUUACUUUGAUAUCCACCUCUUCCACGUCACCCACGGCUACAACACCCGCAUCGCCUCGGCGGGAUCAGAGGAGGCGGGAGUGUACGACGAGGCGGCGCAGGUGGCCUGGGUGCGCGGCAUCGAGGCGAGGGUGCUGCGCCACAACCCAGACGCCCACGUUGUCUUUACCGACAGCAGCGUCAACACGUGGCUGGGCCAGGACGGCAAGUCGCAGCGCGUCACGGACCUGCUGGAGGCGGGCGUGCCCAAGCGCUACAUCGACAUGGCGCUGUGGGACAAUUUCCCGGCGCGCCAGUUUGGCAAUGCCCUCCGGCUCAUGGACGACGACGACGUGGCGCGCCGCGACGAUAUCGUCGGCCGCAUCGUGCCGCCCGCCUGGCUGAGGCGAUCGCGUUCGCUGCGCCGCGGCGUCUAUGCCGACCGCGAUGGCGACGGGUGGUCGCACCGCGCGCUGCAGGCCAUGCAUUACGGCCGGUCCAACCCGACGACGCCGCUCGGUCGAGCGAUCAAUGCCCACUACGUCGCGCUGGGCCGGGAGGAAAUCAUGCCCUGGCUGGUCGCCGAGCUCGAAGAUCUGGCGCACCGGGACCAGGUCGACACGCAGCGCUACAGGACCGCCAAGACCGUGUUGGGCCGCUUCAGGUACGACGUUGUGCCCAUGUUUGAGGUGUCGCAGGUCGAGGCCUACGACGCCAACCACAUCAUGGCCGUCCUCGCGUCGCGCGACGGCAAAAUGCCCAACGCCGGCGACGGCUUCAUCCGCCUCAAGCUGCACCAGGAAAACGACGACUGGAGCGCCUUGUCGAAACUCCACCCCGCUCCGCCCAACGAGGUGGGCCACGGGUGGAAGCUCGAGCCCGUCCCGCGAGGAUGGUCGGCUCAGGAGCUGCCGCAGUGGUUCGCCAGGAUCCCAGCAAUCGGCGCCCAGGCGGCCGACUCGGCAUCGAGCUCGCUUCGUCACUUCGUUCCUCGCUCCCUCGGUCCUGCCCGUCGUCUGCAGACCUAG